UCAUGCUGGAUUGCUUGCUGGAUGGAAAUACUCUGUUCUGAUUGCAUUUCUGAAGACGGACCAAUCAAAAUAGAGUAUUUCCAUCCAGCAAGCAAUCCAGCACGAAAACAAGAAUCGUGUGCCGCUGAUUUUAUUCUGACUUCGAAUCAAGAACGAGUAAAAAAAUGAGUGACCUCACAACAGAAGAAAAAAUUUAUCUUAUUGAGUGUUUCUACUCUAAAGGAAAAGUAUAUUCCAGUGCGUACAGAGAAUUUCGUAACAAAUAUGGAGUACAUAGGAUUGCCAAUGAAAAUACUCUGAAAAGUGUGAUCGAUAAUUUUAUACUACACGGUACUGUUCAAGAUCCUAGACGCGAAAUACUGGGCCCUUCGUACGUGGGAGCAACGGAACAAAUAUUGGACAACGUCGAGAAUUAUUUUGAUGAAAAUCCAAAUGUCUCCAUUAAAAAAGUAGCUCAAGUACUCGGAAUCAAGAAAACUUCGCUGCACAGAAUUCUACGGAAGAUUUUGAAGCUGCAUCCUUACAUAGUGACAACCCAUCAGUUGUUAACAGAACGAGCUAAGGAGAAACGUGUAGAGUUCAGCAAGACAAUGGCACAGUUAUUGGAAAGUAAAGAAAUUAAAGAGAAUCAAAUAAUCUUUUCCGAUGAGGCACACUUUUGGUUAAAUGGAUAUGUUAAUAAGCAGAAUUGCCAUUUUUGGGGGCAGGAAAGCCCACAAGUUUCUUUAUCAAAACCUCUACAUCUACAGGAAGUAACAGUGUGGGCAGCACUUUCAGUGAAAGGAGUUUACAUUGAAUUCUUGGAAUCACCUAUCACUGCAGAGAAUUACAAAGAGUUGUUGCAAACAAAAUUCUUCCCCUUUGCAAAGGAAAACGACCUGGUUGAAAAGUUUUAUUUUAUGCAGGAUGGAAUGACACCUCACCGUACAAGGGAAGUUUUUGAAGCAAUUUAUGAAGUAUACGAGGAUCGAGUAAUUGGCCUGAGUUGUCCAAAGUUUUUCCAGGGAGGAAUAGAGUGGCCACCUUAUUCUCCAGAUCUAAAUCCGUGCGACUUUUUUUUAUGGGGAUAUAUCAAAGACAACUGUUACUCCAAAAGUCCAAAAACGAAAGAGGAGCUGAUUGAAGCCAUUAAGAAAGUAGUUACUGACAUAACAAGUGAAUGUUUGUACAACGUUUUAUAUAGUUUUCAUAAAAGAGUUGAUUUUUGUUCAAAUAGUAAUGGUGCACAUUUUGGAAAUAUAUAUCAUUAGAGCGUCUGAUCUUUAUUAUUUAUAUAAAGUUGAAAUUAUAUACGUUUUCAUUGUACAAAAAAGUAUAUUCAAAUGUUCUCUAUUAAAUGCAAUUUUAUUUUUCUUGAUAUCUGUAUGUAUGCUACAAAGUAAGAACUAAUUAGUUUCAACAAGUUCUUAUUCCAAAUAACAUAGAGAAUUCGAAAAAAAUUCAGUCGUAUGUCACCAAAAUUAUGAGUUCAUUGUUAGAUGCAAAAAGAAUUCAGAGUUCAGUGAAUUUGUUUAUUUUGUGAAUUUAGUUCAGUGAAAAGAAUUCUUUUUGCACCUAAAAAUGAACUCAGAAUUGGUGACAUAACUGAAUUCUUUUUAAACUCUCUAUGUUCUCUAAGUAUUCUAAAUCACUGGAAGCAUGAUCUGUAUCAUCAGCAUUAUAAUUCUCACUGACUUGAUAGUUAUCUUCUGAAAUAAUAACAAUAAUAAUGUAAUAUGUAAUAAACAUAUACACACAA